AUGGAUACCGGUGAUCUUUAUAAAGCCGGUAGUAGUUUACGAGCACACAGUUCUUCGAUUUGGAGGGACAAUGCUAUUCAAGCAUUUUCUCGAUCUUCACGAGAAGAAGAUGAUGAAGAAGCUCUUAAAUGGGCUUCCCUUGAAAAGCUUCCCACUUUCAAACGAUUGAAGAAAGGUCUGUUGCAUGGAUCAACUGGUGUGACCAAUGAGGUUGAUGUAGAGAAUCUUGGGUUUGAACAAAGAAAGGCUUUGAUUGAGAGGCUGAUUAAAGUAGCAGAAGAAGAUAAUGAGCAGUUCUUGUUAAAGCUGAGGGAUCGAAUUGAUAGUAAUGGUUUUGUGUUCUUCCGUGGAAUUCUCAGAGUUGGAAUUGAUUUGCCUGAAAUUGAAGUUAGAUUCGACCAUCUAAAUAUUGAAGCAGAGGCUUAUGUAGGAGGCAGAGCUCUACCUACUUUCCUUAACUUCUGUGUUAAUAUAGUUGAGGGAUUCUUGAACAUUUUCCAUGUACUCCCUGGUAGAAAGAGGCAUGUAACUAUCCUCCAUGAUGUUAGCGGAAUCAUCAAGCCUUGCAGAAUGACAUUGCUUCUAGGUCCUCCAAGUUCUGGAAAGACAACACUCUUGUUGGCUUUGGCCGGGAAACUUGACCCUGAUCUACAGGUUUCCGGUAGGGUGACAUAUAAUGGCCACGGCCUGCAUGAGUUUGUACCCCAGAGAACUGCGGCCUACAUAAGCCAACAUGAUCUUCAUAUAGGUGAAAUGACUGUGAGAGAAACGUUUUCGUUCUCUGCUAGAUGCCAAGGGGUUGGAUCCCGAUAUGAGAUGCUAGCAGAGUUGUUAAGGAGAGAGAAAGCAGCGAAUAUUAAGCCUGAUCCUGAUGUUGAUGUCUUCAUGAAGGCAGUAGCAACAGAAGGACAGGAGGCAAGCGUGGUCACUGAUUAUUUUCUGAAGGUUCUGGGGCUGGAAGGCUGUGCAGAUACUAUGGUUGGGGAUGAAAUGAUAAGGGGCAUCUCUGGAGGACAAAGGAAACGUGUCACAACAGGUGAGAUGUUGGUUGGACCAGCAAAGGCACUUUUUAUGGACGAGAUAUCAACUGGUUUGGACAGUUCAACAACUUUUCAGAUUGUGAAUUCACUCCGGCAAUAUAUCCACAUUCUUCAGGGAACAGCCAUCAUCUCUCUCCUGCAGCCAGCACCUGAGACUUUUGAGCUGUUUGAUGAUAUAAUUCUUUUAUCCGAUGGCCAGAUUGUGUACCAGGGUCCCCGUGAGCAUGUGCUCGCGUUUUUUGAGUCCACUGGUUUUAAAUGUCCGGAGAGGAAAGGUGUGGCUGACUUUUUGCAAGAAGUGACAUCCAAGAAAGAUCAGAGGCAAUAUUGGGCACACAGAGAUGAGCCUUACAGAUUUGUCACAGUCAGUGAAUUUGCUGAGGCAUUCCAGUCCUUCCACGUGGGACGACGACUGGGAGACGAGCUGGCGACCCAAUUUGACAAGAGCAAAGGCCACCCAGCUGCUUUGGCAACCAAAAAAUAUGGUGUUCCGAGGAAGGAGGUCUUGAAAGCUUGUACCUCAAGAGAACUCCUCUUGAUGAAGAGAAAUUCUUUCGUCUACAUAUUUAAGCUCGGCCAACUUUUCAUAAUGGCAUUGAUUACAAUGACACUCUUCCUAAGAACCGAGAUGCACCGAAAUUCGAUUACUGAUGGAGGGAUAUAUACGGGUGCUCUGUUUUUCACUGUAGUCUUGAUCAUGUUCAAUGGUAUGGCAGAGAUCGCCAUGACAAUCGGAAAGCUUCCUGUCUUUUACAAGCAAAGGGAUUACCUCUUUUAUCCCUCAUGGGCAUAUGCUCUUCCCACAUGGAUCCUUAAGAUCCCCAUCACACUUUUAGAAGUUGGUCUUUGGGUAUUUCUCACUUAUUAUGUAAUUGGGUUUGAUCCAAAUGUCGGAAGAUUGUUUAAGCAGUAUCUGCUACUCUUACUUGUCAACCAGAUGGCUUCUGGAUUGUUCCGAUUUAUUGGGGCGGUGGGUAGGAACAUGAUUGUUGCAAACACAUUUGGGUCUUUUGCAUUGCUUGCACUUUUUGCAUUAGGUGGCUUUAUCCUCUCGCGAGAGGAUGUCAAGAAAUGGUGGAUAUGGGGUUAUUGGGCGUCACCAAUGAUGUAUGGGAUGAAUGCUAUUGCAGCGAAUGAAUUUCUCGGGAAUAGUUGGAGACAUGUUCUUCCAAAUACCGCAGAACCACUAGGAGUUAUGGUUAUGAAGUCUCGAGGACUCUUCCCAUAUGCUUACUGGUAUUGGAUAGGAGUGGGGGCAAUGUUCGGAUUCACACUUCUGUUCAACUUCGGCUUCACUGUGGCUCUCACUUAUCUCAACCCUUUUGGAAAGCCUCAAGCUGUUGUACCAGAAGAAAGUCAAAGCAAAGGAGAAUCUAUUGAGUUACCAUCUCGAGGAUAUAGCUCUGUUGGCGUAGUUUCAUCUCAGGAGAGAGGAGAUCUAAUUAGAAGUACUUCAUCUCGAUCAUCAAUGAGAACAGAAGCCAUUGACGAGGUCAAUCAAAACAGAAAUAGAGGAAUGGUUCUUCCAUUUGAACCAUAUUCUAUCACUUUUGACAAAAUUAAAUACUCUGUUGACAUGCCACAGGAAAUGAAAGAUCAGGGUGUUUCUGAAGAUAGAUUGAUGCUUCUGAAGGGUGUGAGUGGAGCUUUCAGGCCAGGUGUUCUUACAGCUCUAAUGGGUGUCAGUGGUGCUGGUAAAACAACUCUGAUGGAUGUGCUUGCUGGGCGGAAAACUGGUGGAUACAUUGAGGGUACCAUUACAAUUUCUGGUUAUCCAAAGAAGCAAGAGACAUUUGCUCGUAUUUCUGGAUACUGUGAACAGAAUGACAUUCACUCUCCUCAUGUUACUGUGUACGAGUCCCUGCUCUACUCUGCUUGGUUAAGAUUACCUCUAGAAGUUGAUUCUAAAACUAGAAAGAUGUUCAUUGAGGAGGUCAUGGAACUAGUGGAACUGAACCCAUUGAGGGGAUCACUAGUGGGGUUGCCAGGUGUAAAUGGCCUUUCAACAGAGCAACGCAAGAGGCUAACCAUUGCAGUGGAGUUGGUGGCAAACCCGUCUAUAAUAUUCAUGGAUGAGCCGACUUCAGGGCUGGAUGCAAGAGCUGCUGCAAUUGUGAUGAGAACAGUUAGGAACACUGUAGACACAGGAAGAACUGUUGUAUGCACCAUCCAUCAGCCAAGUAUCGAUAUCUUUGAAGCUUUUGAUGAGCUGUUCCUGAUGAAGAGAGGAGGACAAGAGAUAUAUGUGGGGCCACUAGGUCGCCAUUCUUGCCAAUUGAUAAAGUACUUUGAGGGAAUCAACGGAGUGAGCCAAAUCAAAGAUGGCUAUAAUCCAGCAACAUGGAUGUUGGAAGUUACUUCUCCAGCUCAGGAAAUGAUUCUGGGGGUUGAUUUUGCUGAAGGUUACAAAAAUUUGGAACUGCACAGGAGAAACAAGGAUCUGAUUAGUGAACUAAGUUCACCUCGACCUGAUUCCAAGGAUCUGUAUUUCCCUACUCAAUACUCCCAGUCUUUCCUCACCCAAUGCAUGGCUUGCCUAUGGAAACAACAUUGGUCAUACUGGCGCAACCCGCCUUACACGGCGGUGAGAUUUAUUUUCACAACCUUCAUAGCGCUGAUGUUUGGGACAAUGUUCUGGGAUCUUGGCUCCAAAAGGACCAAUCAGCAAGAUCUGUUCAAUGCAAUGGGUUCUAUGUAUGCCGCUGUUAUCUUCCUAGGGGUACAAAAUGCUACAUCGGUGCGGCCAGUGGUGGCUGUUGAACGAACAGUAUUUUAUAGAGAAAGAGCAGCUGGAAUGUAUUCAGCAUUGCCUUAUGCCUUUGGACAGGUUGUUAUUGAACUUCCAUAUAUCUUUGCUCAAGCAGCAGUAUAUGGAGUUAUAGUUUAUGCAAUGAUUGGAUUUGAAUGGACAGUCGCCAAGUUCUUUUGGUACUUGUUCUUCAUGUACUUCACAUUAUUGUACUACACCUUCUAUGGCAUGAUGACUGUGGCUGUGACUCCAAACCACAACAUUGCUGCAAUUAUAGCCUCUUCAUUUUUUGCAAUAUGGAACCUAUUUUCUGGAUUCUUAAUCCCACGCCCGAGGAUGCCUGUGUGGUGGAGAUGGUAUUCUUGGGCAUGUCCAGUUGCUUGGACAUUGUAUGGUUUGAUUGCAUCGCAGUUUGGAGAUAUAAAGGAAACCCUGGACACAGAUGUAGCAGUUGAAGACUUCUUGAGAAGUUACUUUGGUUUUAAACAUGAUUUUGUUGGAGUAGCUGCAGCCGCUGUUGCCGGGUUUGCUGUUCUUUUCACAUUCAUCUUUGCGUUUUCCAUCAAGGCAUUCAAUUUCCAGCGGCGAUAGGGAGCUUUUAGGAGCACGAGUCGCAGCCAUUUCCCCUGAACUUCGGAUUCCAAAAAUUGUGACUUACCAUGUCGAAAGUGGGUUUUAUUCCUUGUAUAUUGUAAUGUUUUGAGUUUCUCAUUGACACUUGAAAAAGCUGAUAUUCCUGAAAGCAUUACAUCACUAAAUAUGUGUAAGUUGUGUGUUUUUUUUGUUCCUUUUCCUCUUUGAGCUACAUAUAUACUUUGUUGUAUGAGAAUGAAAUUCAAUACAAAAGUUCUGUCAAAGUGACAUAGGAAACCCCAAAAGCUGAGUUACAUAUAAAAGUUCUC